CUGCGUCUCAACCAAUAGCCAAUAUAGGCUAAAUAUCCCAAGCAGGGCUACAGCAACUUCCAGAAAGGGUCAGGCUCUUUCUUGGGCUUUGUGGUGGCUACUCUGGUUUGGGUGUCCUCGGCAAAAUGGUGUCGCUGUAAUCAAGGAGUCACAUAUCGUUCUGGGUUCCACUGUGCAAGAGCAGUGUGUUCCAGUGAGCGCAGAGGGUCACGGAAGAGCCUUGGCAAGUGUACUUCCGUCUUCCCCCAGCGGAUACAGAGAAAUGACAGCAACUCUGCGCCCGUACCUCAACGCUGUGCGUGCCACGCUGCAGGCCGCCCUCUGUCUGGAGAACUUCUCCUCUCAGGUGGUGGAGCGCCACAACAAGCCAGAGGUGGAGGUCCGGAGCAGUAAAGAGUUGCUGCUGCAGCCAGUCAUCAUCAGUCGUAAUGACAAGGAGAAGGUUCUUAUCGAGGGCUCCAUCAACUCAGUCCGAGUCAGCAUCGCUGUCAAGCAGGCAGAUGAGAUUGAGAAGAUCCUGUGCCAUAAGUUCAUGCGCUUCAUGAUGAUGAGAGCAGAGAACUUCUUCAUCCUGAGGAGGAAACCAGUGGAGGGCUAUGACAUCAGUUUCCUCAUCACCAACUUCCACACAGAGCAGAUGUACAAGCACAAGCUGGUGGACUUCGUCAUCCAUUUCAUGGAAGAGAUCGACAAGGAGAUCAGUGAGAUGAAGCUGUCUGUCAAUGCCAGGGCCCGUAUCGUCGCUGAGGAGUUCCUCAAAAACUUCUAGGAAAAUUCCCAAACAUUCCUUACGCUGAUCACAACUGUCAACAUGGUUUCUUGGAGGGUGCACAUCACAGGACAGAGAGAGAAGGGGCAGAAGUGUGACCAGUCAAUCGCAGUCAAGAAAGUAAAGACUCGUCAGACCAAUGGGGUGUGGCCCUUCAUUAAGGUAUCCCUGUGCUCAAAAAUAUUGAUGUUUGUACAUAAUGAAUAUUCACAGCCUCAUUUAAUUUCUGCUUUUAGAACAAAGCUUUAAAAUCAGGGUGGGUCCUUAAAAUGAAACCCUAAUCAAUAUUAAUGAGCACAGGGAAAUUCAUUUUUUUUUUUUUGAUAAUUUACUUUUUUUUAAAUAUAAAUAUUAUAUGCACACCAUUUUUUUUGCUAUGUUUUUGUUACAACAAACAUUCAAACCUGAGGAAAAAUGAAUUGGUGCACUUGUUUCUUGUCUUAAUACACACAGAGCAGACUCUAUCAUUGAUGGAAAUUAUUGUGAUGAUAAUAAUAGUGCUGGCAGUGAUGAUGAAUAAACCCCUUUAUUGUU